AUGACUGUUGAACAAACUUCAAUUCCAACUGCAUGGCGAAGACCGCUACUAGCUUUUCUAUUUCUUGGUCUACUCUCAUUAUACUUAUCGUAUACAUUUAAUUCAUGUUUAGUUUCGAGUUUAAUACGUCGUACAACACCAAUGAUACCUCAUCAAUCACCAUACAUUUCAAAAGGUGUUCGGGUAGUUCCACUAUUUACAAAUGUAUCUGAAACAAAAUACCGUUCAGUGCGACAACGUGGAGCUCGACGAUUACCUACAGCGUUAAUAAUAGGUAUCAAAAAGGCUGGAACACGAGCACUGUUGGAAUUUCUACGAAUUCAUCCAGAUAUACGAGCUGCUGGUUGUGAAGUACAUUUCUUUGAUCGUUAUUACGAUCAAGGUUUAGAAUGGUAUCGUAAAAAAAUGCCCCCGACUGUAUUGGGUCAAAUUACCAUGGAGAAAACACCAGCAUAUUGGGUUUCAAAAGAUGCACCCGCCCGAAUUGCAAAAAUGAAUCCAGGCACUAAAUUAUUAGUAGUUGUAAGAGAUCCAGUUACGAGAGCUUUAAGUGAUUACGCACAAGCGUCCAGUAAACGACCAGGAAUGCCAUCAUUUGAACAGCUAGCUUUUUUAAAUGGAACAAAUGGUGGGAUUGUCGACACCCGUUGGGGACCUGUUCGCUUAGGUGUAUAUGCACGAUAUUUGUUACGAUGGUUGAAAUAUUUUUCAUUAUCACAAAUGUUAUUUAUAAGUGGUGAACGUCUUGUGGUCGAUCCUGCCGCAGAAGUGGGACGUGUACAAGAUUUUCUUGGCCUGAAACGAUUAGUUACUGAAAAACAUUUUUACUUUAAUACAACGAAAGGUUUUCCAUGUUUAUUUAAAUCGGAAACGAAAUCUAGUCCACAUUGUUUGGGUAAAACAAAAGGGAGAAGUCAUCCACGUGUACCCGUCUCAGCUUUAAUUAGAUUAAGAGAAUUUUAUCGACCUUUUAAUCAACAUUUUUAUCAGCUUACUGGUAUCAAUUUCGGUUGGCCUUAA